CUACACCGAUAACCCCAGGCAGACGCGCGGAGAACGAGCGCAGUGGUAUCAAAAUGGCGGCUCCCUCUGCGAAGCGUUACUCGCGAACGCUGCUCGUCUUGCUCAGCUGUUUCGGCGUCGGAUUUGCAGCCAACACGUACUACAUGCAAGACUACUGCAAUCAAUCGCAACUCGAGACAGUGUUCCUAGAGGCGAAUGGAGAACGGUCCUCUGUAUCGAUCCGGGCCUACAGGACCAGAAAUCUCACCGAAGUGAAGGGAUGCGCGUCCGCCAUCAAAGUCCUCGCCGUCCGUCCAGACCAGAAGAGCGCCGUCGAAGGCACGAAGGCCAGGAUCGUCGUCUCCGUCCACGACUUGGACACCGUGAUCCACCCCAAGGAAAACUACUGCAUCGACUACCUGGACAUCCAAGGUCUCCGGUCGCUGGUGAGCCGUUUUUGCGGUUCCUUGGAGGACACUUACCCGAGAGCCUUCGAGUCCAUCAAUAACCAGCUGAUUUUCAUCUGGAAUUUCUUCACGGGCUUGGCCGCCAGACGAGGCUUUAACCUGGUCCUCACCGCCUUUGUCGAACGUAAAGAAAACGAUGCCAACUGGACCUGUGGGGAGGACCAAGGACGGUUUCUUUGCAACAAUGGCCACUGCAUCGAUGCACGAUGGCGCUGCGAUCGCUGGAACAACUGCGGCGACUACUCGGACGAGGAUCGCUGCUUUGACGACGGCAGUUUCGUCGUCAACGGCCUGUGGCUGGGAAUUACGGCUGCGGCGCUUGUUCUGGCAAUAGGUGUGCUCAUGGCGGUUGCGCUUUGGAAGUGCCGGCAGCCAGCUCCUAUACUUCCAACAUAGGCUGGCGUAACAUGUCCUAGGUCGAACACAACUGUCAACUGGGUGUUUUUGCUGUGGUCGCAGUACGAUUGCCGCAGAACCAAAGUUACCUCUUCUUGCUUUUCCUACCGCUGUCCAGACUAGGGUUAUGUGAGGUAAGGAACUUGAACUUUUUUUUUUUUUUUUUUUUUUUCACUGGCAUCAGCUAUAAAUGUAUUCAGUGCACUUUCUAAGGUCGAUGAACUCCUAAACAACAUUCCUGUACAAAGGUCCUCAACAAGGUUUGAGAUAGGCGAACGACCACAGAUUCUAUGUCUACGAUAAGAGUCCACACACAUGCAACAUGCUUUCGAUGUGCAUUUAACCAUUGCCUAAUGAAGCGCAUCAAACAAUCUCGGCUUUGAUGGUGUACAAACAUGACUGCCCGACAAAAAAAACAAACUAGGUCAACGUGAAUGUACCUUCAGCAGGCGGUAUAUACACAUGCAGUACCUUGGCAGAAAAACACUCAAAGAUCAAAGUAUGUCCAAGACAGCCUAUGCGUUUUGUCAUUGGACUAUAAUGUGCCCACAACGUAAAGGUAAAUUAGUUUAUUCUCCAAAUCAGGCUGGCUGCCCCCUCAUUCCCUCACCCAAUCAGAUAUUUGUGAGGCAUUAUCUUAUUAGCAAGUUCAAGAGGUACAAGCUUAAGUGGAUACCAGCUGAAAUUGAGGUGCAUGUCCUUUGUGUGAAAGCUUCUGUGAUACAAAUAAAGUGUUGUUACUGUUGUA